AUGGCGCGUGGCACAGCGCGUGGCCCCAACAGAAGUCGAUGGCUUGGCCUCCUGAGCCUCACGGCGCUCGCGGCUUGGGCGCUGCGCUCGGCUUCACAGCCUAGGAGCUGGGCCCCACGUGCGCUGGCCAUCUCGGCCGCGGCCCCCACGACGGAGGCGGCAACCUCAAAGUGUCAAGAACUUCAAGAGGAACAGCUGGAGACGGUGAAGUCUCGCAUCGCCGGCUGGGAAAAGGCCUCCAGCGAGGGCCGAUCUGUGCUUCGCUUUGGGAAACAGGCGUCACAGCUUUUGAACAAGACCCUCACGAGCUUCGAUACGGCGGUUAGGGAGAAGCUGAACGAAGGCUGUUCGGCUGAGCGUGAGGCCUUACAGCAAGAGCUGCAAAAGCAGCUUUAUUCUAUUUUUUUGGAGCAGAGGUCCAUCGUGGAGCAGGUACUCUACACCCGCUUGAAGAAGGACUUGCUGCGGCGCAUGCGCCGGAAGAAGCGCGAACUCACUGUGAAGGAAAAGCUGCGGUUGCUGAGUGCGGCCAUGGCGGACUAUGAUAAUCAGGUGGCGGAGCUUUGCCCGUUCUUCGUGGAAAAUCCUGAACGCGACCGGGCCGAGCGGAGGCUCUCAGAGUUGCAAUGGGGCAUUGCCGACACUCCUGAGGGCAAGGAGAUGAAACAGCGCUGGAAGAUGGAUAGGUUGAGGAGGGCGCCGCAGCGGCAAUCCAGAGACAUUUCGAUUUCCUUGUCUCCCGGGAUGCGCCUCAUGCUCCGACCCUCGGGCUUGGGCAACUUUCAGCUCUUCUCCCGGCGCAAGGUUGGACCGACCAACAACCCCAACGAGGUUGCCUUCGGCAUCCACAAUGACGGCAAGGUCAUCGAUGUGUACAAUGACAAGCCAAAUCCACCCCGUCCGGAGCCUGGGAGAGCACGACUGAUGGAGCACGACUGCAUUUCGGGGUGCUUGGUCGAAGACGCACCACAAGACUUGGAGCAAGGCCUUCGAGCCGUGAGCUCUGGAGGAAACGUCUUGAGCUGCGAAGAGCUUUGCGGCCUCAAGGCGGGGUUGAUGCUGCUGAAGGCCAACCAGAGCCAGGCGAUCCACUUCUGGGGCAAGAUCCUGGGAAAGGAAGCUGACUAUUACAUUGCGUGUGCAGUCACUGGGUCCAAAGAGAUGUAUCCAAUGAAGUGCUUCUUUUAUGCUGGGGAGGACUUCAAUUUCACACCGCUCCCAGAGCUCACCGAGGAGGUGGGUGAAGCAGUGGCUGCUCUCCAGCUGACCACUCCGCUCACGGGCAAGCCAAGCUCCAUGCUGGAGACAGUGGAAGGUGCUGAAGGUCAAGCCAAGCUCACAGAACUGCAGCGACUCGCACUGCUGGUGCAGGAGAUUGACUUUGACACUGCUGCUGUACCCAAAGGCGCUCACUCUUUGACAGAGGCGCAGGAGGUGGUCCCAAAUAGCGCCUUUCGCGGCCUGGAAGCCGCCAAGGCCACCUCAUUGGCGAACUACGUUCACUUCAGACCUCCUGCCAGCGUGGUUAGCUUGAAAGCUCAAGCAUCCAAUGAUUUGGAGUUCCAGCAGAACUUCCUGGAGACCCUGGAGACCGAUUUGCCCAAGGGCUGCUGGGCCUUGCGCCAGGACCCUGCCACGGCAUCCGUCACCUUGCGCUCAUUGCUUUGGCCCGGCUACUCCGCGUUUCACCUGCCCGGCACCGGAAAGUUCGGUGGGGUGUAUUUCGGCUAUGCCACCAAGAACAACGACUUGGCCUUCUUGAUUUGA